UCUCUACCCCAAACUAUAUUGAUACUCCGGUAUACUCUCCCCUCUCGCCCCUUUAACAUUCGCACAUAGUCGGCUUUCUGUUUUUCUUCUUUGCAUUCGAGAUCAAAUGGCACAAAUACCACGCAACUUCCGUCUGCUCGAAGAGCUAGAGAAAGGUGAAAAGGGUAUUGGCGACGGUACCUGCAGUUAUGGUUUAGCGGAUGACGAUUUGCUCAUGUAUAACUGGCAUGCCACUAUUCUCGGUCCUCCUCACUCUGUUCAUGAGAAUCGUAUUUACAGUUUAAAGAUUUAUUGCGGCGAAUCGUACCCUGACGAUCCGCCAACAGUACAAUUCGUAUCGCGGAUCAAUUUACCUAGUGUGAACCCUCAGAAUGGCAAGGUCGAGCCAAGCCGUUUGCCUUGCUUGGCACAUUGGAGACGCGCAUACUCCUUGGAAACUGUGUUGACCGAACUGAGAAGAGAGAUGGCUACGAUCGGUAGAAAGUUGCCUCAGCCUGCCGAAGGAAUGACAUUCUAAGUUGAGAAUAGAGAAAGAAGAGAUGGAAAAAGAAAAAUUAAAGAAAGAUGACAUUUCACAUUUACGCAACACACAUACACAAAACAUAUCUUCCUCUGUUGCACCCACCCCUCCAAUUUACCAAACAACAACAAAUUAUAUCUUGCAAUUGCUUUCAUUUUCAAAAUAAGUUCUUCAAAUACGAAAAUCCGGUUUUCAUACAGAAGCAGACAAGCAAUCUCUAGUGAGCA